AUGGCUGACGUCGAAGACCGCAAGCCAACUGAAAAUGUCGAGGAAGGCGCCCCGGACGAGCAGGUGCAGCUUGAAGAAGGCGACAUCGAGACGAACUGGGAUGAGGUCAUUGAGACCUUUGACGGUAUGGAGCUGCGCGAGGAUCUGCUGCGUGGGAUCUACGCCUACGGUUUCGAGAAGCCGUCUGCUAUUCAGCAGCGUGCCGUGAAGCCUAUUCUCUUGGGCCACGACUGUAUUGCUCAGGCUCAGUCUGGUACGGGUAAAACCGCUACUUUUGCCGUGUCCAUCCUGCAGAAGAUCAACAUUAGUCUCAAGGAGACGCAGGCUUUGAUCCUUGCACCGACGCGGGAAUUGGCCCAGCAGAUUGUCAAGGUCGUGGUUGCUCUUGGCGACUACAUGACUGUGCAGGUGCACGCCUGUGUCGGUGGUACGGCUGUGCGGGACGACAUUCGCACUCUGCAGCAAGGCGUGCACAUUGUGGUGGGCACUCCGGGCCGUGUGGGCGACAUGAUCAACCGUCGUGCCUUGCGCACUGACGAGGUCAAGAUGUUCGUGCUGGAUGAGGCUGAUGAGAUGCUCUCUCGUGGGUUCAAGGACCAGAUUUACGAGGUGUUUCGUUUCCUGCCUGAAAAGGUGCAAGUGGCGCUGUUUUCGGCCACGAUGCCUCUGGACGUGCUGGAGGUGACGCACCGCUUCAUGCGCGAACCCAUUCGCAUCCUCGUGAAGCGCGACGAGCUGACGCUUGAAGGUAUCAAGCAGUUCUUCAUUGCUAUUGACCGCGAGGAGUGGAAAUUCGACACGCUGUGCGAUCUGUACGAGACGCUCACCAUCACACAGGCCAUCAUCUACUGCAACACGCGCCGAAAAGUCGACUGGCUCACGGAGAAGAUGCAGUCGAAAGAUUUCACCGUGUCGGCCAUGCACGGUGACAUGGAGCAGCGUGAGCGUGACAUUAUUAUGCGGGAGUUCCGCUCGGGCUCUUCGCGUGUGCUGAUCACGACGGAUCUCCUGGCCCGUGGUAUCGAUGUGCAGCAGGUGUCGCUGGUCAUCAACUACGACCUGCCCACGAACCGCGAGAACUACAUUCACCGCAUCGGUCGCUCGGGUCGAUUCGGUCGCAAGGGUGUGGCCAUCAACUUUUUGACGCACAACGAUGUGCGAUACUUGCGCGACAUUGAGCAGUUCUACAACACGCAGAUCGACGAGAUGCCGAUGAACGUGGCGGAUCUUAUUUAG